CUCUUUAAUGUUUUCAUUGGCCUGAAAGUAUUCGCGAUCUUUACAUGGAUUGGUUGUUGAUCGUAAUCGAAAGAUUUUCACAAAUCCUGCUUAUGUAUCGUACACCAAGGAAUAGAAUAGAUAGAUUGUAUGUGAAGUGAUUGCCGGUAUUGCAAGUUCGUAGAGUUUAGGUCCAUUGCAUCGUUUCUGACGGGAAGCAACAAGUGAUCACGAGAAAUAGAUCGCAUGUAUACAUGUAGUAUACGAUAAUACCUAUAUUGACGGAGGAUAUAGACGCAAGUGUGUAAGACAGUAUAUUCAAUCAGUGUGUGUAUGCGAGCACAACCGCGUGCGGGCGGUUCCCACACGUCCGUGCAACAAGUGUCAUAUACGGCAGCGCGAUUAAUUGUUUCGAAGAGCGCUGUACAUGGUGUUCAUUCUUUCUUCACCGGAUAAAAAGAAUCACCGGCAAAAAUGGGCUGCGCGGUGAGUACUACCGGCGAGAAAGAAGCUGCAGAAAGAUCUAAGAAGAUCGACAAGGAUCUUAGAGCUGAUGGGGAACGGGCCGCUAGUGAGGUCAAACUCCUCCUACUUGGAGCUGGAGAAUCUGGAAAAUCUACUAUAGUAAAACAAAUGAAAAUUAUUCAUGAAACAGGCUACAGUAAAGAAGAAUGUGAACAAUAUAAACCUGUAGUUUGCAGUAACACAGUUCAAAGUCUUAUGACAAUAAUUAGAGCCAUGGGUCAGCUUCGAAUUGACUUUGCAGAUCCUAAUAAAGCGGAUAUAGCACGUCAAUUUUUUACCCUAGCCUCUGCUGCAGAAGAGGGUGAACUAACAGGGGAACUGGCAUUAUUAAUGAAACGAUUAUGGCAGGAUGCUGGAGUACAACUUUGUUUCACCCGCAGUAGAGAAUAUCAACUAAAUGAUUCAGCAGCAUAUUAUCUUAAUGCUUUAGAUCGUAUAGCUCAGCCUAAUUAUAUUCCUACUCAACAAGAUGUUCUUAGAACACGUGUAAAGACAACAGGAAUAGUGGAAACACAUUUUUCCUUUAAGGGUUUACAUUUUAAAAUGUUUGAUGUAGGAGGUCAAAGAUCAGAAAGAAAAAAAUGGAUACACUGUUUUGAAGGAGUUACUGCUAUCAUUUUUUGUGUUGCAUUAAGUGGAUAUGACUUAGUACUUGCAGAGGAUGAAGAAAUGAAUAGAAUGAUAGAAUCAAUGAAACUGUUUGAUUCUAUUUGUAAUAGCAAGUGGUUUGUUGAGACAUCAAUUAUUUUAUUUCUAAACAAAAAAGAUCUUUUUGAGGAGAAGAUCACAAGGAGCCCAUUAACUAUUUGUUUCCCAGAAUAUAAAGGUGCUAACACUUAUGAAGAAUGUGCUUCUUACAUUCAAAUGAAAUUUGAAAAUCUGAAUAAAAGAAAAGAUCAGAAACAAAUUUAUACACAUUUUACAUGUGCUACUGAUACAUCUAAUAUUCAGUUUGUAUUCGAUGCUGUAACUGAUGUUAUAAUCAAAAACAAUUUGAGUAAUUGUGGUUUAUUAAGUUAAAUAUUUUAAUACUCAAAUUAAAAAGAGUAAAUUGAUAUUCAAGGUGUAUAAACUUGUCUAAGCACAAAAGAUAUACAUGAGACUGAAAACAAAUUGUUA